CCUUCCCUUCCCUUCCCAUCUCUUUCUCUAUAUAUAUUGGAUCCUCACCAUUCAUCACAAUACAACGAGACACAGGUGCAAUCUCGUUAUCACGAUUUGUAUUUUUUUGAAUUUCAGAGAACAAAAAAUCCAGAUUCUGUCGCUCACUCCGGUUCUCGGUAAUGGACACUGAAUCAGUGAUCGAGUUUUUAGGUUGUGUUCCUUUGCUUCAGAGGCUUCCUAGCUCGUCUCUCAGGAAAAUUGCGGAAGUUGUCAGAACUAAACACUAUGAUCGCGGAGAGUUUGUUGUUCAUGAGGGGGAAAUGGGAGAUGGAAUUUACUUCAUAUGGGAAGGAGAGGCUGAAGUUGCUGGCUCAGUCACUGCUGAGCAAGAAAGUCGUCUUGAGUUUCAACUAAAGCGAUAUGACUAUUUUGGUCAUGGUAUUGGAGCAUCUGUUCAACAGGCAAAUGUAAUUGCAUUGUCCAAGCUAAUCUGCUUGGUGCUGCCCCAUGAACAUUGCACCCUACUGCAGCCAAUAUCAAUAUGGAAUGCAGAUAAAGCACUUGAGGCAUGCUCACUUGUGGAGCUCAUAUUGCACUUGGAGCCUAUAGAAGUGAACAUAUUCAAGGGGAUUACGUUACCAGAUGCUCCAAAAUUUGGAAAGGUUUUUGGAGGACAGUUACUUGGACAGGCUCUGGCUGCAGCAUCGAAAACUGUUGAUUGUCUUAAGGUUGUCCAUAGUUUGCACGCUUAUUUCCUUCUUGUUGGGGAUUUUAACAUGCCAAUUAUAUAUGAAGUUCGCCGUUUACGUGAUGGUAAGAGCUUUGCUACGCGGAGAGUGGAUGCAAUACAGAAAGGAAAUGUCAUAUUCACACUGCUUGCUUCAUUUCAAAAAGAAGAAGAAGGGUUUGAUCACCAGGUAGCGACAAUGCCAUCUGUGCCUGCUCCAGAUACGCUUCUAUCAUUGGAAGAGCUUCGGGAUAGACGUCUUACCGAUCCCCGUCUUCCAAGGACUUAUCGGAACAAGGUGGCGGCAAAAGAGUUUAUUCCUUGGCCCAUAGAGAUAAGGUUUUGUGAGCCUAAUAAUUCCACUAAUCAGACUAAAUCUCCGCCAAGUUUGAGGUACUGGUUUAGAGCAAAAGGAAAGCUGUCAGAUGAUCAGGCUUUGCAUAGAUGUGUGGCAGCCUAUGCUUCAGAUCUAAUAUUCCUAUCAGUAAGUUUGAAUCCUCACCGUAAAAAGGACCUGAAGACGACUUCUGUUAGUCUGGAUCACUCGAUGUGGUUCCACAGGCCCUUCAGAGCCGAUGACUGGUUAUUAUUUGUGAUUGCGAGUCCUGCUGCCUACAACGCUCGUGGAUUUUGUGCAGGCCAAAUGUUCAACAGGAAAGGCGAGCUUGUUGUGUCAUUGACUCAAGAGGGCCUAAUUAGGGAGGCUAAAAAGCCAAAUGCAGCAAUAUCGUCAAAGCUGUGAAUGGGAGGCUGUAGAAUCCUGGUUAACCAUUUUGAGGUAUUCAGGUUAAAUGGUUUUUUUUUUUUCUUUUGGGUGUACAAUUUUCAUGUAAUAAUGUGCAAUUUGGCUCAUGGUAAUGAAUCAAUCAUGAAUAACGGGUUGGAACUUGCUAA